AUGGACGCUACUGUAUCCACAUCCCCUUCCAUCAACACCAACGCCAUCAAUAAUACUGCUAACCCUGAGGAAGCAGUAGACAUGGCUAGUUCCUUUAAGACGGCUCUUCCACCACGAAAGAGAGCCAAAACUAAGGAAGAGAAGGAGCAAAGACGUGUUGAACGUAUUCUUCGUAAUCGUCGUGCUGCGCAUGCUUCACGUGAAAAGAAAAGGAAACACGUUGAAUACUUGGAAGCUUAUGUUGUCGAGCUUGAAGCUAAUUUGUUGAAGGUUGAAGAAAAUUUCAGUGCUGUUUCUAAAUUAGUUAGUGAAGAACAGUUGAAGCUGGUUGGUUUGCAAGCUUUGAAGGAUUUGUCUGAGUUGAAACAAAAGAUUCAUGACAAUUUAUCUAGUUCAAGAAAGUCGUCAUCAAACAAUCAAAACCACCAUGAUGAUGAUCUUGAUGAUGAUAUCGAAGAAGAAGAAGAACAUGAAACUCCCAACAAGAAAAGAAAGGUGAAAACCGAAGUUGAAGAACAACAACCCCUUCAACAACAACAACCUACUCGGUCAACUAGUUUAGUUUUUGAAGAAAAGAUGAGACCCAUUAAACAAGAAUCUAAUGACUAUAUUACCAUGGGUCAUCCAAUUCAGGAACCAUGUAAUUACCUUUCCCCCAUUUCAAUCAAUUCUCCAAUCAAUUCCCCAAUUGACUUGACUAUGAGAACCACUUCUCAACAUUCCCAAUCCCCAUCACCAUUGUUGAGUUCUACUUCAUCAAGUAUUCCAACUACUCCUUCAUCCUCGAUGUCGUCUCCUAAACACCACGCACAUAUCCAUGAUUCGUAUGAGUUGGGGCAAAAUUCAGCAGCACCAGUCAUACCCGAAUUUUUGGAUUUGUUUGAAAAGUUUAGUGAAGAUGGAUUUAUAAUGACGGAAGAAGAAGACGGACACGAUGAACGUAUACAAGUUGGAAUUGCGAAUGAUGAUAAUUACGGUUUAGAUAUUGAAGAGUUUUUAUCAUUUUAAGUUUAUGUUUAUUGGGUGAGAAAGAAGUGUUUGGUUCCGGAAUUACUUUUUUUUGUUUAUGGUUUUAUUUUAUCAUGUAUUUAUAAUAUGGUUAGUUUGAUUUUUACUGUUAGAUUUUUGUUUAUUGGGUGUGGUAAACCACUGAUUCCUAUUUAAUUUUUUGAUCCAUACUGGGAAAAGGGUACCCUAUGUUUUAUAUUUGAAAAAAGAAAAAAAAAUUCAAAAAAAAAAAUCCAAAAAAAACAAGCUGUGUUUUAUAUUUUGCAACUACGAAUUUGGUUUUUAAUAUUCCUAGAAGAGAAGAUGUGAAUGAUUCUUUGGACUCUGUCGGUUUCGUGGGAAAUCCCAAGGAAAGUUUAAAUCAGAAUUAAUCAAGAACGAGUUUCUGGCGCGCCUUUUUUGAGCAGCGACAAUUCUUUAGUAUAUGGUUGAAGAUGGUUAUAGUUUUUCGAUGGAGAUUAGUACUACUGGAUACUUUGACGAUGAAAGAGUUUUGUUUCUUUUUGUUCUUUUCUUGGAGAAAGAAUCUAAUGUGUUGUAUGUCUUGGAUUUAAUUUUUUAUUUUUUAUUUUUUAUUGAUUUUCAAUUGGGUAUUCAUUAUGGAUAUUUGAAUGGGUUUGUUUGGUGUUUAUAGUUCUGGUAUAUUAAAUUGAUAGAUUUUUUAUU